AGGAGACGUGAGAUACAUGCCGUAGCAGCGUGGUAACACAGAACAAGAACCGUUGACAAGCAUGAGUUGGGUUAUAUAAGGGUAAAAAUCCAGUGGUACUCGCCACCCAGGACCCACAACUUAACGAUAUCCCAAAAGUACGCUCCUUAUCAACUUCAAAAUACUGCCGACAGCGUAUCUCUCUGUUAGGUCAAUGCAACAUGUCAGAGGUGCCGACGCCAAAACGAAUAACGGGAGGGCACGGAGAUAAAGUGAUUGCAGUCGCGUUCUUCAAAGACGGUCGACGGUUCGUCACUGGUUCAUAUGAUAAAACCCUGCGGAUUUGGGACGUCAAGAAGCAAGCAUGUGUAGGAGGGCCAUUCGAGGGACACACCAGAAAAGUGGAAUCAGUUGCCAUAUCGCCAGAUGAAAGGCGAAUUGCGAGUUGUGGAGAUGAUGAGGGUUUCGUCGUCUGGGACAUCGACAGCAAGGAGAAAGUGACAUUCCCGUGCACGGCGAAGGUGUUCUCUGUGUGCUUUUCCCCCGAUGGCAAGAAACUUGCUAGCGGGUCGCGUAACGAGUCGGUUGAUGGAGAUGUUGUUAUAUGGGAUGCGAAGACUCGUGCUAUCCUCGCAACACUGCAAGGCCAUGAUCUUUUGGUGAACUCUGUCGUGUUCAGCCCAGAUGGGCUGAAAUUAGCCUCCGCGUCAUCAGACUGCACCAUCCGGGUUUGGUGUACCGACGAAAACGAACUUCUGUUCAAGAUCCGAAAAGCUCACGUUGAAUCCAUUUCGACUGUGUUGUGGUCACCUGACGGUCAGCAACUUCUCUCCGGAUCAAAUGACAGCACAGUCAAAUUUUGGAACUCGUAUAAUGGCAACCAAAUCGGUCAACCUUGCACCCACUUGGAUACGAGAUGCUGGUUCGACUUGCUCGCCAUCUCUUCCGAUGGCUCUUUCAUUGUCACUGCCUUGUCUGAUACUGUGCGGCUGUGGAGCACCAAGACUCACCAGCAAAUAGGACCGACAUUAAUAUCACAGGGGAGUACCGGCAUCGCAAUUUCUCCCAAUGGAGAACUUCUUGUGAUUGGAGACGACGACGGGAAUGUUUGGUUCCAGCCUAUCAAGGACAUAGUCGUGGAAGGAAGGAUACAGGAUGAAGAAGAAGUGCAGAGACAACGACAACAACUUCUUGCUCUCAGUGGCACGCAGCUGCGCAGUGACGACAACCAAUGUGACUUGUUAGGGGUGCCGACACCAAAACGAGUAAAGAGAGGGCACAAGCUUAAUGUCACUGUGGUCGCGUUCUUCAAAGACGGUCAACGGUUUGUCACUGGUUCACGUGAUAAAACCCUACGAAUCUGGGACGUGGAGAAGAAAAAAUUUGUAGGAGGGCCACUCGUGGGACACAAGGAAGAGGUGCGAUGGGUUACCAUAUCGCCGAACCAAAGGCAAAUUGCGAGCUGUGGAAAAGAUAAAACCAUCAUCCUCUGGGACGCCGCAAGGAGCAAGCAGAACUUGGUAUUCUACUACCUGUUUAUCCUGGACUCGGUGUGCUUUUCCCCCGAUGGCAAGAAACUUGCUAGCGGGUCGCGUGAUAACAAGGUUAUUAUAUGGGAUGCCGAGACUCGCGAUAUGCUAGCAAUACUCGAGGGUCAUAAACACUUUGUAUGGAGUGUUGCAUUCAGCCCAGAUGGGCGAAAAUUAGCCUCUGGGUCAGGGGACAACAUCCGGGUUUGGUGCACCGACAGUAACAAACUUCUGUUCAAGAUCGAUGGUGAUCGCUAUAAUAACAAUGCCAUCCGGAGUGUUGUGUGGUUGCCUGACGGUUUGCAACUUCUCUCCACAUCAUUUAACUGUAUAGUCAGGUUCUGGGACUCGCAUAAUGGCAACCAGAUCGGUCAACCUUGCACCCCCACCGACUACAGGCUGAUCAGCUCGUUCGUCAUCUCUUUCGAUGGCUCUUUCGUUGCUACUGCCGCCGGAGACACUGUGGAUCUGUGGAGCACCAAGACUCGCCAGCAAAUAGCACCGACGUUAAUAUCACAGGGGAUUACUGGUAUCGCAAUUUCUCCCAAUGGAGAACUGCUUGUGAUUGGAGACGACGACGGGAAUGUCUGGUUCCGGUCUAUCAAGGACAUACUCGAUCCUCGUAGCCCUAAGUGGGACAACGCACUGCAAGGCGCAGUCAAGCUUGCAAUGAUUGCUUUCGAGGACGGGCAAUACAUCGAAGCCGCCAAUCAGUUUAACAACACCAUUCCCGCUGUGACCGACAUAGUAUAUCCUAUGACACCUUUCAAACCUAUUUCGACGGCGCUCGGCGGAGACCUACCUUUGUUGUGGAGAACCAUCAACCAGAGACGAUGCGAAGCUUUCCUCCGCACCGAUCGAGUGAUCGAAGCUGUUGAAUCUCAUCAAUAUAUGAUGAGCAUGAUUGAAGAAGCUGCGAAGCCCAGCUGCCUCGAAUGGUCUACCACCUUCAAGCAGGAUUGCAUGGCACGCUGUGUCGCGAAGGGAGAAGAUGCCGCCGCCGCCAGCGAUUACAAGAUGGCCAUUGACAUGUAUUCUGCAGCGAUCGUGCUAGAUUCUUCACGCCACUCCAUCUUUGCGCGAUGCAGUAAGGCAAAAUUGGCACAAAACCUAUAUGCAGAAGCCCUUCAUGACGCGGACAAGGUUAUCGAACUUGACCCUUCAUCUCAUGUUGGGUACGAUCUUAAGCAUGCAGCGCUUCACGGAGCACGACGCUAUGAUGAAGCAGUCAAGGUCUUGCAAAUCAUGCUCUCGAAGUUGGAUGGCUCUCCAGAUGCACAGAUACGAAAGCUGCGUCAGCAAUAUGGCAGUCCAUCAGACGUAGAAUAUGUUGUCCGAAGAGCCAUUCACUCGCAAUUGGAGAAUGCUCCAAUUCGUCUGAUCAACACCUCUACUGGGAAUUUAUGCGACAGACAGGCACAGAUACGUACCUUCAAGACGAGCGCAGAGCAUAAUGAGCUGCUCUAUUCAUCAAUAAUGGAUGCGAACCUCCAAACAAAACACAUCGAAGAAGCAGUAGAGGCGUACUUUCGUUGGGCCAUGUUGUCGCACAGGUGGGAAAGCAAGGAGCCGCUGCUGCACGAUAUCCAGGACACAACCGUGUACGAUUUGGACGAAGUCGGAACCGUGGUGAAGUUACAGACAUUCUGCAAAAUUGCCCGCGAUGCAGGGUAUCAAUGGGCAUGGAGCGAUACAUGCUGUAUCGACCAGAAAAAUAAUGUUGAGCUCCAAGAAUCAGUCAACUCCAUGUUUGUCUGGUAUCACCUCUCAGCGCUCACGAUCGUCUAUUUGUCCGAUGUUUGCCCUCUGUCGAAGUCCGGCACGCUGGCAAAUAGCGUUUGGAAUACGCGAGGAUGGACUGUUCAGGAAUUCCUCGCUCCUCGAAUUCUUCUCUUCUACCAAGCAGAUUGGACCCCAUAUCUCGACGACAUCUCACCCAACCACAAGGAAUCUGUCGUUAUCAUGCAGGAGCUGGAGGAUUCAACAGGCAUAGACGCACAGGCGCUCGUCUCCUUCCGGCCAGGGAUGAGAGAUGCCCGAGAGAAGCUUCAAUGGGCAUCGAGCCGUGUCACCACGUUGCAGGAAGACAUCGCGUACUCAUUGUUUGGGAUGUUCGGCGUCCACCUACCUGUCAUCUACGGAGAGAAGAAACAAAACGCGCUAGGACGACUCUUGCAGGAGAUUAUUGCUCAUUCGGGCGACAUCACUGCCCUGGAUUGGGUGGGGAAAGCAUCCAGCUUCAAUAGUUGUCUUCCAGCCGAUAUUGUCUCAUACAAAGCUCCUCCAUGCACACUACCAUCUCUAUCCGAAGACAAGAUGCAAACGUCGGUCCUUGAGCUGCAACAUGAUGCUGCGGUUGUGAAGUCGGCUUCAAUUAUCUUUACCCGCCUUGACAACCUCAGCGCUCCUCGUUUUUCAAUUGCCCGACUGCAACUACCUUGCAUCGCAUUCCAUAUCAGGGAAGUCAGAAGGAGGCGUGGUGAAGGCUCGGGGACAUGUUUCACUUAUGACGUCAAGGCGGAUGGUCUUCAAGAUUUGGUAAUCCGCACCGAAGACAAACUGAUUCAAUUCUUGCGCACAAAGCACACUACGAGUCGGCAGACAUUCUUCCUCGUCCUUCCAUGGAAUCGUCACAACCUCGGGCUUCCUGACUUUGCAGACGAUACGCAGAGCGUGGACGGGUCUGUGCUCGAAUCUCCGUUGGAAGAUUCAUUCAGUGAAUCUCCUGGAGAAAACGAGCCCGUUGAUUUAGACUCUCAGUCGCGAGAGUUACGGUUGAUCAUUCGCCUCGCGCAGCCUUUCGCCGCACUUUUGCUAGCGCAGCAGCGCGGUGGAGAGUAUAAGAGAAUCGCUUCCGAUCACAAUAUCAUCGCAGAGGCCAAGGACAUAGCUUCUGUUUGUGACGCAAUGGACAUCAGGACGCUAGAGAUAUUGUAGUAGUAUAGUGUGAGCUCUGCAAGUGAAAUUUGCAUUGCUUACAGGAUUAAAAAUCUAUUUUACGAGGCCAACUGGAUAUGCGGAUGAGCGGAACCGGGAAGACAUCCUCUUCAGCCAGCAUAGAGUCAUAAUGUGAUAGGAGAGGGUGCCACAAGAGCGUAAGUGGAUCAGGUUGCUUAGUUCCAUGAGCUCCUCAACUAAAAACUAGGCUCAGGUAGAGUAAUUAUCAGCAGAUGCCGAUGAGAAGGAACGAAGUCCUCUCAGUUGACACUUGGUUGACACGUUGAGUUUGUAGCGGUCACGAGACA